CAAGAACUAGCUGCAGCCGUUCCAGCUUUUAACAUGGAAGCUUUAUAAUGGAACCAAUGGAGUUUGAUGAAGUUGCAGUUUAUUUCACGGACGAGGAGUGGGGCUGUUUAACUGAAGAACAAAAAGAGCUUUAUAUGGAUGUGAUGAUGGAGAAUUACCAGACCCUCAGGUCUCUAGGAUAUGUUCAUGUGAAGCCUUCACUUGUUCUGAAGAUUGAGCAGGCUGAAGAACCAAAUGUGGGCGGUGUCUUGCAGAACCCUCAGGAGGAACCUCAGAUAAACACUGAAGAUAUUCCUAGACAAGGCCAAAGUGUUAAUGUACAUUUCCAUCUAUUUCAAGAUCACAGAAACCUGGCGAAGAAACCAUCAUUUUCAUCUUCAGAAUGCGAUAAAUUAUUCACCACAGAAUCAAAUCUUGUUGCUGAUCAUAAAAAAGGAGAUAAGUUGUUUCCAUGUUCUGAAUGUGGGAAAUGCUUUACCCGAAAAUCAAGUCUCAUUACUCAUCAGAAAAUUCAUACAGGGGAGAAAGCAUUUUCAUGUUCUGAAUGUGGGAAACGUUUUAUUCAACAUUCAACUCUGAUUACUCAUCAGAAAAAUCAUGCAGGAGAGAAAACAUUUGUAUGUACCGACUGUGGAAAAUGCUUUGGCCAGAAAUCAAAUCUUAUUAGACACCAGAAAGUUCAUACAGGAGAAAAAACAUUUAUCUGUUCUGAUUGUGAGAAAUGUUUUACCCAGAAAUCCAAUCUUAUUGCUCAUCGGAAAAUUCAUACACAAGAGAAAGCAUAUUCAUGUUCUGAUUGUGGGAAAUGUUUUACCCAGAAAUCAAAUCUCAUUACUCAUCAAAAAAUCCAUACAGGAGAGAAAUCUUUCUCAUGUUCUGAGUGUGGUAAAUGGUUUACCAAGAAAUCAACACUUGUUUAUCAUCAAAAAAUUCAUACAGGCGAUAAAUCAUUUUCAUGUUCUGACUGUGGGAAAUGUUUUUAUCGGCGAUCAAAUCUUAUUACUCAUCAGAAAAAUCAUACAGGAGAGAAAGCAUAUUCGUGUUCUGAAUGUGGCAAAAGUUUUUUCCGGCGAUCAAAUCUUAUUAUCCAUCAGAAAAAUCAUAUAGGAGAGAAAGCAUUUUUGUGUCCUGUAUGUGGAAAAUGUUUUACCCAAAAAUCAAAUCUUAUUGCUCACCAGAAAAUUCAUACAGGAGAAAAAGCAUUUUCAUGUUCUGAUUGUGAAAAAUGUUUUACACAAAAAUCAAAUCUUAUUACUCAUCAGAAAAUCCAUACAGGAGAAAAGGCAUUUUUAUGUUCUGAAUGUGGGAAAUGUUUUACCAAGAAAUCAACUCUCAAUGGUCAUCAAAAAAUGCAUAGAGGGGAGAAAGUGUUAUCAUGUGGUAAAAGUUCCCAAUGGCAUUCAGAACUAAAUGACCAUCAAAAGACAUAUAGAAUAAGAUAGGAAGCUCAUUGAAUGACUAAAGCUCUUAUUUCCCUGUCUAAGUAUGGACUGGAAGCAUAAUGUAUAAUUCUACACUUGAGCCAGAAAAACUUUAUAUUAAAUACAAUAUUCACUUUUUUGACCAA